AGCCGGUAUUCCCGCCGAAACACCAUGCAUUUAUCGAGACUUUCAACCCCAGCGGAGCCAGAGCCUGCACAGCCUGCACAGAGCAAGACCGGGAAGUAUGUUUCUCCGAGCUUGAGGGAUGGAGGCACCAGAAGAGGGGAGUCCAUGCAGCCCAACCGCAGAGCUGAUGACAAUGCUACCAUUUGUGUCACCAACCUCUCUGAGGACACCGGUGAGACAGACCUGCAGGAGCUCUUCAGACCAUUUGGCUCAAUCUCAAGGAUCUAUUUGGCCAAGGACAAGAACACGGGACAGUCGAAGGGAUUUGCCUUUAUCAGUUUCCACCGUCGGGAGGAUGCAGCAAGAGCCAUUGCGGGAGUGUCAGGAUUUGGAUAUGAUCAUCUUAUUCUCAAUGUUGAAUGGGCCAAACCGUCAAACAACUGAGGAAUUCAGUGUAAAUCCCAGGAAGAUUCCAUAUUUUAUUGUCAUGGUAAAAUAUGGCUGUUACCGUAAUAAAGAGAGUAGUUGUAAA